UUAUUGUUGUAAUCGUUUGAGGUUAACGUCGUUAAAUUAACCGGUCCAUUAUUUAUACAGAUUGAGAUUAUAUUACAGAUUUAAACUUAAUGUUGACUGAGUGUUGUUGCUGAAAGGUGAAAGAAUAUAAUUUUCAAACAUGCUUUUCUAUUCAUUUUUCAAAUCCUUGGUUGGAAAGGAUGUUGUCGUGGAGUUGAAAAAUGAUCUCAGUAUAUGCGGCACCCUACACUCGGUGGACCAGUACCUCAACAUCAAGCUCACAGAUAUCAGCGUCACGGAUCCAGACAAGUAUCCCCACAUGAUAUCUACCAAGAACUGUUUUAUCCGAGGCUCUGUAGUCCGAUACGUACAGCUUCCUGCUGACGAGGUUGACACACAACUCCUUCAAGAUGCAGCACGAAAAGAAGCUGCUGUACCUUCAAGAUAACUUUGUUUUACUAUAUUUUACCUUUUAAGUUUUUAAAAUAACUUAAGUUGUUGUACUAUAGUGUGCUAUGUAUCCCUCAUAUUGAGAAGUAAAAAAGCAUUUUAAUUUCAAUACCUA